CACCGAGCCCGGCCAAUGGGCUGCCGGGCAAGAUCGAAUGUCACUAUAACUCGAGGGCGCGCGGCCGGCGGGCAGUGCCUGAGCCGGUCCUGUCCACAGGAAGCUCCUGCCUGUCUCUCCAGACCCAACCGCAGAAAGCACCCAGCCGCCAUGUCGGACGAGGAAGUUGAGCACGUGGAGGAAGAGUACGAGGAGGAAGCUCUCCCCCUCUCCCUCCCUCUGGGAGUGGGGACCCCAGAAGAGGCCCAGGAGGAAGAGUCCCCCCCGCCUGCAGAAGUCCCUGAGGUCCACGAGGAAGUCCAUGAAGUUCAUGAACCAGAGGAAAUCCAAGAAGAGGAGAAGCCGAGACCCAGACUCACUGCUCCUAAGAUCCCGGAAGGGGAGAAAGUCGACUUCGAUGACAUCCAGAAGAAGCGCCAGAACAAAGACCUCAUGGAGCUCCAGGCUCUCAUCGACAGCCACUUCGAGGCUCGGAAGAAGGAGGAGGAGGAGCUGGUCGCCCUCAAGGAGAGAAUCGAGAAACGCCGAGCAGAGAGAGCCGAGCAGCAGAGGAUCCGGGCAGAGAAGGAGCGGGAACGCCAGAACAGACUGGCGGAGGAGAAGGCACGGCGGGAGGAGGAAGAUGCCAAGAGGAGGGCUGAGGACGAUCUGAAGAAGAAGAAGGCGCUGUCCUCCAUGGGGGCCAACUACAGCAGCUACCUGGCCAAGGCAGACCAGAAAAGAGGCAAGAAGCAGACGGCCCGGGAAACGAAGAAGAAGGUCCUGGCCGAGCGGAGGAAGCCCCUCAACAUCGACCACCUCAGCGAGGACAAGCUCAGGGACAAGGCCAAGGAGCUCUGGGACACCCUGUACAAGCUGGAGACCGACAAGUUCGAGUAUGGGGAGAAGCUGAAGCGCCAGAAAUAUGACAUCACCAACCUCAGGAGCCGCAUCGACCAGGCCCAGAAGCACAGCAAGAAGGCCGGGACCACACCCAAGGGCAAAGUCGGCGGGCGCUGGAAGUAGAGCGGCCGAGGAGGUUCCCAGAGGCAGAGACCCUCAGCCUGGGGGGUUCACACAGCGGCGUCCGGCCCCCAGGGGCCCCCUGCGUCUCUGUCCUCACUGUGUCCAUGCUCUGGGGCCUGUGAAUAAAGCGAGCAGGCUCCCCUCCA